UCGAGAUCUUGAUUUUCAUAAAGUACGAUGUCCGGGUCUUUGCCAGGAGCAUCCGCAGCAGCAUUACGCUCUUUACCCUUUGCGAAUGGAACAUCGGCGACGGGUGGCGUUGUAUGAUGAGGUGGUCGGGUGAACAGAUGCCGUAGGUGGGUUCUGAAGGUGGUCGCCGCAGCGACCGGUGGUGGGGUAGGUGGCACAGGUGGAGGUGGAGGGAGUGAGGAUGAGGGCUGCUCGUCAUAGCGAGCCUCACUCUUUUGAGAAGCCCAGAGCGUUGUUGAGGUUGUGGUCGGGGGAUUUGAGAAUGCUGAAGAUACGCUGUUGCACGCACUCGAUGCAUUUCGUGGAAAAAAUUAGGUUCUGCAUCAUAGCCAUCUUGCUCUUGCCCCGGGAUCUCUGCCUGCAUAACGAUCAGUAUGCAUACGCCAAGAAUACGGUCAUGCUGCUCAGCGAAUGCACUACAUUGUUCCUUGAAUUCUGAGUGAAAUGCG